UCAGCCAAGACCAAUUCCCUUUGGCUUCGGCCAAUCCAAUAAAAUCACUUGUGUCUUGUGGUGGGGCAGCAGCGUACGGUACAAGUCAAGCUUGCCCGAAUACAACCGUUCACCACCGCCAUCAUCCACCACGGGCAACAUCACUUCCUUUCGCAGUCGGAGCCGUAAAUCGGUCAUGGCUGCCUCCGCCGGUGCUAAACCUCUAACAUCUUCCUCGUCGUCUUCUGCUACUGCUGCUCCUCCUCCUGAUUCGUUCGAUAUGUCCUCUGGAUUUCCACCCAAGCUGUCACUCAAACCCGAUCAACUCCGUUACUGCGUCCAAGCUCUCAAAAUUUUCAAGGAAAAGCGUACUGAUCAGUGUUCAGUAAUUGAGAAAGAGUUCUCCAUUUUGCAGGAUCAUAGGAUGGUAUAUUCAGAAGUUAAUAGUAGUUGCUCAGUGGCUAAACUAAAAGUCAAUUCUAGAAAAAAUCGCUACUCAGAUGUUGUUCCAUUUGAUGCAAACAGAGUUGUUCUUGAUCCAUGCAAAGAUCACAGGUCAUCAACAAUGGGAUACAUCAAUGCUAGUCUUAUCACAGCAGAGGCUAAUCCAUCUGAAAAUGUAUCUCGAUUCAUUGCCACUCAAGGCCCUCUUCCUGAAACUUUUGAAGAUUUCUGGGAAAUGGUACUCCAAAAUCAUUGUCCAGCAAUUGUCAUGCUCACUCGCCUUGUUGACCACCACAGGAUCCAGAAGUGUGGAGACUAUUUUCAAGCAGAAAAUGGUCUAAGAUUGUUUGGCAAUAUAUGUACAAAUACCAGAAGAAUAACCACAACUGAUAGCUCACUAGUGUUACGCCAUAUGGAGGUGAAUUAUGAAGAGUCUGAGGGUCCUCCUUUACCUGUUUUGCAUAUUCAAUAUCCUGAAUGGCCUGAUCAUGGAGUUCCAGAUGACACGUCAGCAGUUCGAGACAUUUUUAGAAGAUUACGUAAUCUACCCUCAUCAAAAGGACCAAUUGUGGUGCAUUGCAGUGCAGGAAUUGGUAGAACUGGAACAUAUUGUCACAAAGGAUGGGGAUGGUCCAAACAUUGGAUCAAUACUUCUUCUGCUAUGAAGCUAUUGUUGAUGAACUUGAAGACCUUAUCUCGGAUUCCAACAUUCAAUCAAGGUCAAAAUGAUUUUGAUCAUGAGUCAAAUUCGGGGAGUUUAUUGCAAGAUUUAUGGUUGAUCCUAGAAAGUGUAUCGGAAUCAAUGAAAUUGCGACCCAUGGAGUUGAAGAAAGAAACGGAGGGGAAGAUUGAUUGA